UCACGGUCAUUUGGACACCAAUUUUUCAGCGGGAAUGAAAGGUAUAUUUUGGUUGUCGUUGAAUUUAGCGUUGAUUGAAUGGACUGAUAGAGUACUCUGAUUUCAAGACAAGGUUACCGAAAUCUGCCGUUGGAGGGAUAAAGCAAGUGAAUCUAUCGUGAUGUGAUGUUUUUUUAAACAAACGCCACAACCUUUUCUGACGGAACACAGAUGUCACGUGACAACCAGGACCAUUUGCCUCAAGAUGGAACCUCGCACAGUGUCGGGUCAUCAGUACAUAGGAGCGUGGAGGCGUUUGAUGUUUCCGUGCCAGCAAGCAAACUGUUCUACACGGAGAAUGAGCAGGACAGAGACUACGCGUCCGCCGACUCCGAGAAGGAUCAGGAAUGGAAAGGGGAAAGCAGCCUACGGCUUACAGACCUCGAGGACACAGAAGGAGUGGACGAAGGUACGGUAGAGACACAUGAUAUUGAAAGACCCAAGUUUUCCCAGAUGAAGGCUUUGAAGUCAGGAAAAAGUGAUCCACAUCUUGGAUCCACAAGACCAUCAGGGGUUGACUUAGGGGAGGUAACUGCCUCCGAGCCGAUGGUGUCUGUCCUGCGUCAACAAGCAGCAGCCGAUCGAGACAGGACUGUGCACUUCUCCAGCGACGUCACACAGCGUGAAGGUUACAGAUCACGUGAUGUCAGGGAUGUGACCAAUGAGAGGAUCAGUCAUAGCGAGGGGGCAGUAACAAGGCAGAGACCUGCGGGUCGAGGCCGCCUGCGGGAGUUCGGCAGAUCGAUUGUCAAUGUCCUCAGUAGAACGUUCCGCCGUCACCCACGCCGACGAGAUACGAAACGCGGCCCUCCUUCAUCCAAUGACGAACGUGAUUCUGAGAAAAGAGAUAUUCCAACUCAGGUGGAAGAACUGCGACUUCCGGCAGAUCAGCUAAUCCAAAAAGAAUUUCGUUCAAAGAGAGUGGCAAAUAUCAACGAUGAGGUCAAAGUUGAAGAGAUCCCCUACAUCAACCUCAGCUGUAUAUGAUCUCCUCGAGACAAAACACCCAUCAGCAAGUGCAAUUAUCCAUUCUGUGCAGUGAAACAUCAUUAAUCCGAAAAAAUCGCUUCUCGUUUUAGUAUCCCUGUAACCAAAUUUCAAGAUGAACUAUAUAUUGUUUGUAGCAGAGAGUGUUUUUCUAGCAUGCGAUCUAAAAGGAUCGCCCGGGAUGCGGAGAUUUCCGGAAUAAAGAGGCUUUACUGUUUACACCUCCGGGCGACAUUGAUGUACAAAUAUUGACUUUCAAGAGAACGAAACCUGUUGUCAAGGAUGUCCGUACAAGUAUUUGUAAGUGUAUUGUUUACACCCAAAGACAAUUUGUACAGUUCGAACCUUGUAAUAAAUAUUCAAAAAUA